AUGGCAGACGUUGAAUCCGUUCUAGCUGCCAAUGCCAACGCGCCGCAGGCAGAGGUACCUUCAGACACUUCAAACCUGCCCGAGGGCGGCAACAAGUUCCAACAUGCCAUCUCGGCCUGGAGAACCAUCGACUAUACGAACCUCGUCGCGAAUCUCGACAACACUGCCUCCGAGAUUGUCACGUACCAGCGGGAUUCGACUGUCCAGAGAAAGGAACUGGCCCAGAAGACAAAAGACUUUAGAAAGCUCGAUGAUACAACGAAAUUGGCAGAGAUAAAGGGCCUGUUAAAAGCGUACCAAACUUUCAUCGACCUUCUCACGAAUCAUUCAAAGUCAAUCAAUUCGGCCUUCCUUCAGGCAUACACAUCCUUAUCCGAUGCGCCCGACCCAUAUCCGCUGCUGGAGGCCUCGGUUGACUCGAUGCUCGUGUCCGAAGACACCCUACCGAAGCUGACCGAGGAAAAUCAGCACCUGCAAAAGUCUGUCGCCAAGCUGACGACGCAGCUUGAGGAUACGGAGAGCAAACUGCAGACAGAAUCUGCCGCGAAGAGGGAGCUUGAAAACAAUCUAGAAAGCAGGGUGAAGGAGGUGGAAGCUUCUUGGGUGGCUGUGUUGGACGAAAAGAAGGACAAUUGGGCCGCGAAGGAGAAGACGCUGGAAGAAAAAGUUGAAAACCAGGAGCGACUGCUCACCGAGAUCAAGGCGAGCUACGAAGUGAACCAGCGUUUGGGCAAGACGGAUGUUGGAGAUGCGGAGGGUCAGGCCGGUCACGUCACUAGUGCCGAAAUCGAGAUGCUUCACUCAGACCUUGACCGAACUAGUCAGCGGCUGGCCGAGAUCGAAGCGCGAAACGAGCAACUGCGACUGGAACUUGCACAGGCAAAGUCAUCCGCGACGACUCAAACACCCGCAUCGCUGGAGGACGACCCCGCUUACAUGCGCAUGCGAUCCGAGAAUUCGUCCCUUAUUCGGAAGCUCGAUGCUACGAGGGUUGAGAAGGAGGGGCUCAAGCGUGAUCUAGAUUCCAGGCUGCGCAGCUUGGAUAGAGAAGUUGGCCUUCUUAAGGAAGAAAGGGACAAUCUAAAGUCCAAAGUGCAGAAAUGGAGCGACUACGACGACGUGAAGCAGGAGCUCGAGGUGCUCAAGAGCAUUGAGUUCUCGACGGGCGACGACGACGACGUGAAGGAUGUUGUCGAAAGUGCUGCAGAGUCUAAGAGCCAUGGCGACACUCUGGAGAAACUGCUCUUGGCACGGAACAAGAAGCUCGGCGAUGAGCUGACCAUUUUGCGUGUCUCCCACCAAGACCUACAGACAAAAUUAUCCGACCUCCAGGAGGACAUGUCGCGAACAAACAUGGACCUCGAGAAGUCGCAGAAACUCAACGAGCGACUCGAGAACGACCUCGCGACGCUGCAGUCGGAGUCGUCCAACGCUUUCCCAUCAGGCGCGUCCGUGGCUGGAACGUUCAACCGCUACGCCCCAUCAGUCGCCCCGGGGCGGAGGGGAGGAAGAGUGUCCCCGACAUCGUCCAUCAUCAGCGGAAUCGACCCCCGUAUGAGUGGUGGCGGAGAACCCAUGGGCGGCGGCUCAGGCAUCCUGCCAAUGAUUACUGCACAACGUGACCGUUUCAAAAAGCGGAUUGCAGAACUGGAGAGUGAAUUGUCGGACACCCACCGCACCGUUUCGCAGCUGAGACAAGAAGUAUCAGCUCUACAAAAGGACAAUCUCAGUCUUUACGAGAAGACGAGGUACGUUUCGACAUACAAUCGGGCAGGGCCUUCAGCAACGUCGUCCUCAGCGGCAUUCUCAUCUAACCCGAACCCUUCAACCGUUUCCAUUGGAGGCAGCGGGAACCCGGGGAUUACCAUGGACAGAUAUAAAAAGGCAUACGAAUCGAAUAUUUCGCCAUUUGCCGCUUUCCGAGGGCGGGAAUCAGCCAGGGCCUACAAGCGAAUGAGCUUCCCCGAACGUGUGGUGUACUCAGUAACGCGAAUGGUGCUGGCCUCUCGGACUAGUAGAAAUCUAUUUGCGGCAUACUGUGUCGCGUUGCAUUUGCUCGUUUUCUGCUCGCUAUACUGGCUCGGCACGGUGGACGUGGAGAAGCAUGCCAGUCACCUUGGCAAAUCGGUAGCAGGAGCCGCCACGGCGGGCGCAGGGGGCCUCAAGGGAGGGGCCGGAGACGGCCACGGCGACUGGCAAGAGGAAGGGUUCAACGGGCACUAG